AUGGGACCUGAAGGAAUGCCAGGAAACCCAGGAAGAAUGGGAGAACCUGGUCGCGAUGGAUAUCCUGGGCAACCUGGAAUUCCUGGAGAGAGCGGCAAACCAGGAAAGGUUGGAGAACCUGGAAUGCCCGGAAGGGAGGGUAUUCGUGGUGCGAAGGGAGCACCCGGAGAGAAAGGAGAGCCAGGACCUCAAGGCCAGAAAGGACCAGCUGGAUAUCCUGGGCGUGAUGGACAACGAGGAAAUGAUGGUGAGCUUGGACCUGCUGGACCUCCUGGUCCAGUUGGCAUGCCAGGAGAACGAGGACAACAGGGUGUUGCUGGAGCUCCUGGACAACCUGGACCUGAUGGCUCAUACUGUAAAUGCCCAGAACGAAGUUUGGGUGUUAAUAAAUACGAAAAGCCAGUUUCUGUUGAACCGCCAUCUUAUGAACCAUCCCCUGCAGUUCAGGCUCCGUCGCCAUCCUAUGAAGCAUCUGCGGAGACUCCUCGUAGCCCUUACCGUAAAUGGAAGUGGCUGCAGUAA